GGCCAUUCCCUCCUCGGCCUCUCAAACUCCGCUGCCUCCAUGGCGUGCCAUGGGCGCCGUCUUGCGGAUUUGCCCUUCGCGCCAGCCGGCAAGCCGUGCACGCGUGGCCUCGAGAAUCAACGAGCCACGCAGCCCCAGCGCAGUGAUGCGCCAGGUGCUUUUCGAGGACGAGGAUAGCCAGGCGAUUGUGGUCCCUUCGGGAGACGAAUCUACAGAGGCAGAGAGGUCUGGCAGCUCCUCCCAGUCCCGGCAGGUUGAUGCAGACUCAAAGGUGAAGAAGGCUCGUCGGAGGCGCGGUGAGGUUUUGGAGGACAUGGAUGCGUGGCACUGUGCCCAAUCCAUCGGUGAAGCUGCAGGGUGCUUGUCUUCUGCGAGCGCAUCGGUCACCAAGCUGGCGCUGAGAGGUGUACCCCUCACAGAUGAGGACGUGGCACGGCUGGCGACUUUGCUUGGCGAGAAUGUGAACGCCGCUCCAGCUCGUUGCUGGCGGAUGGACAGAGCUAUUGUUUCAGCUUCGGCAGCGACCUGCAGGUGUCCAGGCAACCUGGGCGACCAGGGGGCCGAACAUCUCGCAGAGGCUUUGGCCGAGAACGAGGUCUUAACAUCCUUGUCCUUGGAAGGGAACCGAGUCGGAGACCGCGGGGCUGCGCGCUUGGCAGCUGCGCUUGAGCGGAACGAGGCCUUGACGUGCUUGAGCCUCGGCAGGAACUGCGUGGGUGGACAGGGAGUGAAGCACUUGCUCGACGCGCUGGAGAGCAACUAUACUCUGCUGACUCUGGACCUGGCCAGCAACUCGGGGUCGCACCGGCCCAGCUGGUCCAGUGCAGGCGAUAGCAGAGCAGCGAUUCAAAAAAGGCUGCAGGCCCUCCUCAAGCGCAACCGAGGUCCCAGAAAGGUGGUGACCCUACAUGCUGAGGUGAAGCGUUCCCGAAGCUCUGAGGCCAGCCAGACAGGGCAGCAUGCGGAUUCUUCAAGGACGGAUGAGCGGUCUCCUCCGAUGUUGGCCGCCAAUGCCACUCCUGAGAUGUUGUGGAUCUCCUGUACUAGCAUGGCUGGGACGUUACUCACGGAGCUCUCCUUCGAUGGUGCUCUGAGCGUGAAAGACCUGCGCGAGGAGCUCGCAAAGAGGCUCGCCCUGCCAAAGCCACAUUUGGCGCUGCUCUCGACAGAUGGGAAACUGCUGCAGGCGCAUGACCCACGUUCACUGAGGAGCAUUUUCCUGGAGACAGGUGGUCAUGCCAAGCCCGAAGUCUUCGACGGAAGCUAGCCAGCUUUGGCAUACUUUGGCAUGAAUUGGCAUGCGGCACCGUCUUGGAGCGGUUGGGUUUCAGGGCUUGAUGCGACUCCAGGGCCAGGGCGAGAAGAUAGAAAGGGCAAAACGGGGACCCUUUAGACACACAGGUGGAAGAGACAUGAAG